GACAGCAGCGGCUGUGACGUCAUUGCGCGCGGUGGCAGAUUUGAAAUUUCCCGGGCGCAGGCGCUUUCGGAUCAGUAAGGCGGUUUCGAGGAGGGAAGUAGGGCGCGAACAGCAAGGCGCGAUUCGGCCUCCCGCUACCGCUACGAUGAAGCGUACCGUGCCGCGGAACACCUUGAGGGGGCUGUUGAAAAGGCAUAAGCCCCAUUUUCGCAUGAGCGCAACCACCGACUUACUGGUACAUUUGAAUGUCCUACUAUUUCUCCAUCGACUAGCUGAAGAAACCAGGACCAAGGCUAUUGCAGAAAAGAGCAAAACCAUUAAAUACGAGCACGUUCUCUCUUCAGCAAAGAUUAUUUUAAAGAAGAGCCGAGGCUAAAGUCAAGAAGUAUCCCUUCAUCACCUGGUUGAUUUUUGUGUAAUUAGUGACUUAUGUGAGCUGAGAUUAAAAUGUCUGAAUGCUUUAUUUUCAUACUUGAUAAUUUACAGGAGUAGAUCCUAUUGUUCUGUGCAGGAGUUCACUACAUAAUUUUUAAUUAAGGUAAUUUAUGUAAUGCUGAUGUAUGUAAUUAAUACAACAGAUUGAAAUGCAAGUUUUAACAUUCUAAAGUGUAGACUUUUUUAUAAUGCUUAUGUAAAAUGCCGUCUAUGAGUAUGGUAAAUGUUGAUUGGAAGUCAUCAUGAAUCUCCCACACCAAGUUUCUUCUAUAAAACUAAAGCAUUUCUCUCUCAGAAUAUUUAUCAGCAGGGUGUGCUGUAAACGUGCAUAUUUUCAGUUGUUUAUAACCCUUUAUAAUUUUUGAGAUAUUUUAAGUAACAUCACAAAUAAAACAUUACAGUUAAGCAAAUGCUUGAUUUAGGGGGUUCAUAACGGGAAACAGAACAUUUACAAAACAGUUUGAAUAUGAAAACAAAUGUUUCAGAAUAGUUUAUAGCAAUAAAGCUGUUUUGACCGCUUUCUUCACUUUUUAAUUUCUCCACUUACUAAUCUCAGUGUAGCGGAGUAAAAAGAGAUGUUUUAGACAUAGUAAAUCUUGCUUGGGCCAGUUGUAGCAGCAGUUUCUGGGAAAGAGCAGACACUGGUACAUUCCUCCUAUUCCUUUACUAAAACAGUUGCUGGUGUUUGAGAUGGCAUAAAGAAAUGGAAAACCCUGAAGUGUUUCCCCCCCAUUCUGUUGUCAUUUCUGGAAGAAGUGGCAGGUCUGUCAUCUUCCUUCUCCUUUUAUUCAGGAAAGAUAGGAAAAGUGUAACUGGAAGCUUUGGGCCCUGUACCCACCUCUUUCCACAACUAAUGGUACCCAAGAAUACCCACCGCAGUCUUCCACCUUCACUGUCAUAAUUCUUAUUUGGAAUGCAGUGUUAAGCUACUAAGUACACAUCUUGAAAGGGAGAAAAAAAAUUACAAACAAAAAAACCUUACUGCCAGUUUGUUUGUUUUUUGCAAAAUGAAAGCCAUUCACUUUCAAAACUUGUGAAUUGAUUCAUGUAUGCUCGUUACAGACAUGAAUUAGUACGUGGUUAAGUCCCUCUUAAUUUAACUGGGAUUAUAUUAAAGCAUUUUUGCAUCACAUUGCUGUGGUAAAAUGAAAGUUUUAAAAUUAUUCAGUUCUGUGAUAAAUGUUUCUAUUUGAGUGAAGUAAAUUGUGACAUAGACAAUGUGCUAUUUGGAAAUUCCUUGUCUCAAUGAGUGUUCCUUUUGUAACCAUAAGAUGGGGAUAGAGUUAAGUGUCCCAUAUAUUUUUCUUCAUGUGUAGCUUCUAUUUUAUUAAAUCUGUUGCUUUUCUAGAA